CAGCUGGCGGAAAGAACUGAUUGAUUGGCUAUUUGCACGUGCAGCAAGCACGUCUGUUCAACGCUUGUUGUCUGAGCCUGUCACGGCUCACUCGAUGUUGCACAUGACCUCAUUGCUCAAAACCAUGCUACCACGCUCGACCGCUGGGCUUUCGUUUCACUGCAAUCUACUCAACCAGUAUCAUGUCCAAGGCACUAUUCCUGCUACAAUAAUUUGGUUUGUGCACAUGAACCUCAACGUCGUUGCUCAACCAGCUCAGAUAGUCAUCAUUGGCCGUAAAUCCAGGGAACAGGAGAUUGAAAGACAAGAUGGCAGAACCCUCCACCAACCCCGAUCUCCCGCCAGACUAUACGGCGGAUGCUAGUACUGUCCCAGAGAACUUGCCACCAGACACACUCCGCCUGGCUGGCCGGUUCGUUCAUUCCGCCAACACCCGGAAUGCGGAUGCGCCGGGAAUCUUUGAGAUCAACCACCAGAUAGACUUCUUACGAGAAACUGAUAGACUUGUGGAGUUCAGUCGCAUCGACUGCAGCAUCAAGAAACGGCUCAACGAGUCGAGUCUUCCGCCGGAGGUUGUUACCAACUCACGGCAUAUCUUCAACUUGGAGCGCCCACCAGCUAUUCUCCAGGAAACUUUCCCGUACUACAUCAAGCCAACAUCUCGCAGCGGCCUCGGCAGGAUAGGGCUAAAAUUUGUGAAAAUCGGCAAAAGCGAAUGCAAGGCCUGGCUGGUGGGCCGGCGGAAGGCGAGUGAUAGAACCGAGUAUUACGAGGCGCGAGAGCUACUGUUUGACGUUCGCCGCAACAACGAAGUUUUCGACUGGCUGGACGGUAAUGGAUCAAGAUUAGCAGUUGAGGAAUCCAGGAGCGGCAUGUACAGCCUCAACAUCCUAGUGUCCCUUGACCGGGCGAUGCGAGAUGCGCUGGCGGCCGUGUGGUGUGUCCGGCUUUGGUAUUUGCGAGCGGUACUGUUCCAUAAGAAACGUACAUGGAAAGACAGUAAGCAUCUCUCCCUUGCGGCGAUUUGAAUGGCGGCAUUGCUUACCAGAUCAUCAACCAGGGAAAUAUAUCAUGCAAACCUGCACAUGGGACCUGCCAAAAUGAGAUUUGGGGCCAGGAGUCGAACUCAGGACGCGACUCUUUAACUUUGUAACUUACAACUUACAUAGAUCCAAAGCCAAGACCUUGUGAUACCCCAUAUUUGCCAGGUAGAAGCUCUUCCCACACUGCAUGUCGUUGCUAC